GACACAUGCAUAGCUCUUAGCUUCUGUGUUAGAAGUUGUUGAGCUCCUUCUGGAAAUAUUUUCAAUUACUUUAAGUAAAGUGUAAACGCACAUGAAUGGCAGCUUAUCGAGAACUACCUUGUAACCAGUACACAGGUACAGCUACUGCUCUUCAGAAAUUGGAAGGUUUUGCUAGCCGAUUAUUUCACAGACACUCUAAAGGUUCUGCACAUGAUCAGAAAACAGCUCUGGACAAUGACAGCCUUCAUUUUUCUGAACAUACUGCCUUAUGGGACAGAUCAAUGAAAGAAUUUCUAGCCAAAGCCAAAGAAGACUUUUUGAAAAAAUGGGAGAAUCCUCCUCCGAAUAAUGCUGGGCUUGAAGAUUUUGAAAGGAAAAAAACACUUGGGACAGGUUCAUUUGGAAGAGUCAUGUUGGUGAAACAUAAAGCCACUGAGCAGUAUUAUGCUAUGAAGAUCUUAGAUAAGCAAAAGGUUGUUAAACUGAAGCAAAUAGAGCAUACUUUGAAUGAGAAAAGAAUAUUACAAGCCGUGAAUUUUCCUUUUCUUGUUCGACUGGAGUAUUCUUUUAAGGAUAAUUCUAAUUUAUACAUGGUUAUGGAAUAUGUCCCUGGGGGUGAAAUGUUUUCACAUCUAAGAAGAAUUGGAAGGUUCAGUGAGCCCCAUGCACGUUUCUAUGCAGCUCAGAUAGUGCUAACAUUUGAGUACCUCCAUUCACUAGACCUCAUCUACAGAGAUCUAAAACCUGAAAAUCUCUUAAUUGACCAUCAAGGUUAUAUCCAGGUGACAGACUUUGGGUUUGCCAAAAGAGUUAAAGGCAGAACCUGGACAUUAUGUGGCACCCCAGAGUAUUUGGCUCCAGAAAUAAUCCUGAGCAAGGGGUACAAUAAGGCAGUGGACUGGUGGGCAUUAGGAGUGCUGAUCUAUGAAAUGGCAGCUGGCUACCCUCCAUUCUUUGCAGACCAACCAAUUCAGAUUUAUGAAAAGAUUGUUUCUGGAAAGGUCCGAUUCCCAUCUCACUUCAGUUCAGAUCUCAAAGAUCUUCUAAGGAACCUGCUACAGGUGGAUUUGACAAAGCGAUUUGGGAAUCUAAAGAAUGGUGUAAGUGACAUAAAAACUCACAAAUGGUUUGCCACAACAGAUUGGAUUGCUAUUUACCAGAGGAAGGUUGAAGCUCCAUUCAUACCAAAGUUUAGAGGCUCUGGAGAUACCAGCAACUUUGAUGAUUAUGAAGAAGAAGAUAUCCGUGUCUCUAUAACAGAAAAAUGUGCAAAAGAAUUUUGUGAAUUUUAGAGAGGAGCCACAAGGUGACAUCAGAGCUCACACUCAAUCUUUUGCACUCUGUUGAGAGAGAAGGUGGAACUGAGACCAUCCUUGUUGACGCAGUUACCUAGUUCCUUCAUUCCAGUGACUGAGUGAGUCUUGGCCAUCGUCCGUGUGCACUCUGCAUCCACCUCUGUAACAAGGCACCGCUGAGGAAACUUUGUCUGUGCCAUAACACGGUACUACACCCUUUCCAUCUUCUGUUUGGUUUAUCUUUCUCCUCUCUUCCUACAUCCAUUUCUCGCUUUUCCCUUCUUCUUAUUUUUUUUUCUCUAAACUGCUCCAUUGUAUUUUGUUGAUGUUUCAGAUGGGCAGUGUUAUGGCUAUAUGAUAUUUGAAGGGAAGAAUAAGUGUUGCUUUUAGUAAUUCUUGCCAAUGUUUUUGUUGGUCAAGACUUAAAGGUAAACUUUUGAUUAUUUUUAUUUGAGUAGCUCAGACUCAGUUUUGCCAAAAUUCUUGACAGUUUUUGAAGAUAGAAUGUCUUAUCACCAAGGAUAUUUAUACAAAUUAAGGCAGUAACUUUCUUGGAAUUCACUAUUCUGGCAAUAAAUUUGGAUAGACUAAAGAAGCUAGAUCCAGCAGUUUGUAUUUCUAUAGUUCCACAGGUUUGUUUCCCUUAACUUUUUUUAUAUCACCCUCUCCUUAUAUAAUUAAGUGACCAUAGCCUGUGCAGUAUAACAAAUAUGUUUCAUUCAACAGGAAAAAUUAAUGAUAUGAAUCAUUACCCAGAUUCUCUCACCUGGUACCAGCAUUGCUGCUGCAGGUAUUAGAGACGAGUUCUAUGGUUUCUGAAUCUUUACUCUUCAAAAAUGAUUUUAGCCAGUAUUUUAGCAGAACAUGACUAACAAAAGUGACAAAUUUUAAAGUUUCUCAAAUAGUUCUCAUUGUAAACUUUUUAAAGGAAAAGCAAACUAAAAAAAAACUUUGGUUUGAAAUACUUUCCUAAAUCAAAUGAAUGGCUUGAUUCUUACAAAUAGUAAAGAGGUAUUUUUAUUUAAAUGAAGUUUUUUAUUUGUUUAAUUUUGUAACAGUUAUGAACAAAAGAAGUUGGUAUCAGCUAUUUUUGUGGUGUACCAUAAUUGUAAGUCUGAGGUAGGGGCACUGUUGCAAUUUCCGCUUUCAUCCCAUGCCUCCUAAAUGAGACAGGGGGACCGCAUUUAUGAAACCACCACAGUUAUAUUUUAUUUUGAGGUGUGAUAUUUUUAGAUAUGUCAUCAUUUCUAACCUCUUUUUUCUUUUUUAAAACAGAAUGUAUGAUCAUGCAGAUAUAAUUUUAGUAUUUUAGUUCAUUUUUAAUACUUUUUGCCAGCUGACAACAACAGUGCUGUCGUGCAGAAAUGUAAGCACUUUUGCACAUUUAGUUUAGUGUUUGUUGAGGCUCCAUGGAUUAACUCGGUUUCUUUACUAUUUUUUUUUCCCCUUUGCUUUCAGUUUUCCUUUAUGGCUUAAAUCUGUGUGUCUCAGUGACCUGUCUUAAAACAAUACACCAAAACAGUUUAAAGUAAACUGCAUUCAUUUUUAUGAUCAAUUUACAUGCAUACAAAAUGAAUUUUUUUAACCAAACUGAUUUUAAUGUAUAUAACCAUCCUAUUUGUUGCGUUAUUGGUGCAGGUAGGUCACUGACACUACUUCUUUCCAUCUGUACCAUACCUUUGUGAAACCUUUGAAGAUGUUGAAAAAUCCUGUCUGGGAUGUUUUCUCUACCAGUCUGUAUAUCUUUCAAUUGUCAAGUGUUUCUGCAUGGCAAUGUCACAUACCAGCUGAUACUUACUUCAGUUGGUCCACCUAUCUUUCAAAUGUGUAAGAAAAUUUUGAAAUAUUCUACUGUAGCAAGUUUUAUGUAACAAUACUAUAUCAUCAUGUUAAUAAAUUUAAAACCAUUAUUUGUAUAAAAUAUUUUAAUUAACUUUUUUGUAUUUCAUUUAGACCCAAGAACAUGCUGAUCAUCGUGUCCUAUAUGUAUGCUACAAAUUCUAUGGUAGCUUUGUUGUAUAUUAUUGUAAAAUUAUUUUUAGUAAAUCAUGGGGAUGACAAUUUGAUUAUUACAACUUAGUUUUCAGUAAUUAAAAAGAUUUCUAUGAAUGCUAAAAAUAUUUUUUUCUAUGAAAUUACUAAUGCCCAGCUACAGACUCUACCUAGUUAAAUGACCCCUAGGCAUACAUUGGAUUUGAGAGCUCUUCAAUCAUUCCAUGUUACCCUCUAUUAAAAGGACACAAGCAAGCUUUCAAAUAUGUCAGGGGGUGUCUAUUUCUAACUAAUCAAAUACACUUAAUUAUAAUAUUUUUUAAGUAUAUGAAAUUUACGUUUCAGCCACAAUUUAGCCAAGAACAAGAUAAAAACUUGAAUAAGAAAUAAGUGGCAUAAAUCAGUAUUUAACUUCAAAUUACAUUAUUUGAAACAGAAGAAAUUAUGAUUUUGCUCCAUACACAAUGAGAUAGCGUUGUAUAAGAAGGAGCCCUAGACUGAAAGUCAAGACAUCUGAGUUAAAGCUGGCCUACUAUCAGCAAGAUCUUGGCCUCAGUUCUCUUAUCUAUGAAAUGGAAGAGUUGGAUUAGGCAGUUUCUAAAGUUCCUUCUAACUUGCACAUGUUAUAACAAGAUGCUCUUUUUAUCUGAUAUUUUGAAAGGAUAUUCUGCUUUGAAGUCUCAGUAAGGCAGUAUAUUUUAGAGCAUCUUUCUUCUUAUCUCUGACAGCG